CUGUGUUGAAAUGACAACUUGUUGGGACAUAACAUUCUUGGGUCCUCCUGUCUAAUCCAGACCUUUGCUGACAUUCCACCCUUUUCUUUUGGUGUGGAAUAAAUUCUGGAGGAGUCAGAGGCUAGUCUGAUUUUUUUCCCCCAUAUGGAUGACUUGCUUUUUUUUUUUCCUGAGAUAAGUGAAUAAUUCUUUUUUUAUUCAUUGAAGUUCAAAAACCUAGUAUAGAUAUGAAACAAAAAAACCAAACCCGCUGUCAUCGAGUUGGUUCCGACUAUAUAAUGUGAUGUAAAUUGUUCUGUAUUAAUUAUUAUAAUAUUUGGGGACUAACCUUUUGAAAAUACAGGCUUUGCACGUAUAUGAGAUUUUUUUUUUAUGCCUUGUUUUAACAUUUAUUACACCUUUCCAGAAGUGAAUUUAUGUCCAUUUAAACUACCUCCAAUUCAUUAUGUUGGGUGGCAAAUGUCAAGCCCUGUCGAUGGUGUUUCCUGGUUCUGUUGUGAUCCAGUCAACAUGGAUGUUGGAUGGGAGUUUACACUGCCUUGACUAGUUGUAUUACUUUCAUCUGAUAUAUGUCUUCUUUCUCACAGUCUAAUUCUCUUAAUAUUAGAGGGAAUUAUUGAAAAUUCUCAGGGUAUACUGACACUUUUUUUUUCUAGAUAAUGACUCUGAGAAGUUAGGCUAGGAUUGGAAUCAUGCAUGGGACUCUCCUCUGUGUUUUUCGCUGUCAUCAAUUUUAUCAGUUUUUACUACCCACUGUUCCGAGAGAUUCAAGUUUUUUCCUUAACAUUGUUAAUUUCUUUAACUGACUUUUAAUAUUUUGUAUUCAUUUCAUCAGUACCAGGAGGACUAUUCAGUAGCCUGAAUUAAUUCUAUCAUAUUUCUUCAGAAGUUUUGUCUAUAACAUAUAUUUACAUAUUAAUUAAUUUUUCACAAAUAAUAGAGUUACGUCUUAAGGAUAUUUCCCUGUUAUUAUUCAACAAAUGGUUAAGGCCAGAAGGGACUUUAGUUUUUGGUUAAUGUUUACUAAGUUACUUGCUUGAAAACAUUAGUUAGUAGGCAGCAUACAUUGUAGUCAGAUGCAGUUCUUUGGAAUUAAUGUCAAGUUUAGCACAGUUUUUAAUAUGCUUUUGAUUUUUCACUCUUCUGAUAAGGUACACAUGUAUACAUGCCAGUGAAAAGAUGUUAUAGCUUGUUAUGUGUUCAUCCAACAAAAUGCAAUGUUCUGUCUUCUCUCUUACCACAGCUCAAAUGAUAAGAUAUCUGACAGAGACUCAAGGUGGGAACCAAACAGAAGUCACAGAUUUUAUUCUCUUAGGACUCUCGGACAACUCAGAUCUACAAAUUAUCCUUUUUAUAUUGUUUCUAUUAAUCUAUAUGGCUACUAUGGUAGGCAAUUUGGGGAUGAUCAUGCUGAUUACGAUUGAUUCCUGUCUCCACACUCCCAUGUACUUCUUCCUCAGCAGCCUCUCCUUUGUUGAUGCUUCCUACUCCUCUUCUGUGACUCCCAAGAUGCUGAUGAAUCUUGUGACUGAGGAUAAGGCCAUUACUUUCAAUGGAUGUGCUGCCCAGUUCUACUUCUUUGGCUCCUUCCUAGGGACUGAGUGCUUCCUGUUGGCUAUGAUGGCAUAUGACCGCUACGCAGCCAUUUGGAACCCCCUGCGGUACCCCAUUCUCAUGUCUGGGAGAAUUUGCUUCAUACUAGUGGCUACCUCAUUCCUUGCAGGCUUUGGGAAUGGAGCCAUCCAUACAGGGAUGACUUUUAGAUUGUCCUUUUGUGGAUCUAAUCAAAUCAACCAUUUCUACUGUGAUACUCCACCCUUGCUUAAAAUCUCUUGCUCUGACACCUACAUCAAUGGCAUUGUCACCAUGGCUUCCUCCAGUUUUAAUGUCAUCACCUGUGUUGUUAUUGUCCUUAUUUCCUACCUGUGCAUCUUCAUCACCAUCUUGAGAAUGCCCUCAGCAGAAGGCAGGUACAAAGCCUUCUCCACCUGUGCCUCCCACCUCACUGCUGUCACCAUAUUCUUUGGCACGAUUCUUUUCAUGUACUUGCGCCCAACAUCUAGCUACUCAAUGCAGCAGGACAAGGUUGUCUCUGUCUUUUACACCGUGGUGAUCCCUAUGCUGAAUCCCCUCAUCUACAGUUUGAAAAAUAAGGAUGUGAAAGAGGCCCUAAAGAAGGUCUUACAGAAAACCAUGCUGUGAAGGCAUGUUAAACAUCUUCCUGUU